GCGAAGAAAAUGAAAGCGCGGGAAAAUGCUCGGCGUCAGCCACCGCGUAGACGGACCCGGAAAGCCGAAAUCAACGAUCCGGUACCGGAACCCGAACCCCAUGAGGGCCCGGAUAUGGAGGUGGAGAAAGCAAGGCUGAUCAGCUUAGCUCUUGAGUUCGGAUUCGAUGAAGACUCCGCCAGAAAGUGCUUGGAUGGCCUAAUUCAACUCUACGGUGAGGAUGGAAAGGAAUUCAUAACCGUGGAACACUUCGGCGACGAUUUUCUUACGGCGUUGGCCGAUUCACUUGAGGACACGGAGGAUUGGGAGCAAGCCGUUGAAUUGGAGGCUUGUGGGACUUUGGCCGAUAUAUUGGAUAAGAAUUAUGAAGCUGAAAAUGAUGGAAAUACGCCUUGCUACAUUUUAGAGGAUUCACCAGAGGGUAAAGGGAGAAUGAAUCCGGUUCUGUUGGUUUCUUCCAGUGACAGUGAAGAUAUGGAUUUUGAAAAACCUAGCAAGAGCAAUACCCCACUUACUCCUGCAUUUGGCAUGAAUGCCCGGCCUUCAUCCUCUGCAUUUGGCCGUGAUAGGAGUGAUGAAGGUGUCGCUUCAAGUUCACAUAGACAUCCUCCACGAUCUACGGAAUGUGCAAGCACAGUGACUCAAAGUUCAAUUUCAUCUCUAUCCAGUAAAAUGAGGCCCUCCUGGGCAUCAAAGAGUGAAGAUGUAACUCUAACAUAUGAAGAGCUGCAGCGGUUGGAUGACAUUGAGUUGGCAAAUGUGGUGGUAUUUGGAAACCAAAGUUUCAGACCUUUGCAACAUCAAGCUUGUCAAGCUUCUCUGCAAAAGCGUGAUUGCUUUGUUCUUAUGCCAACUGGAGGUGGUAAAAGUCUGUGCUACCAGCUUCCUGCAAUUCUGCAACCUGGUGUUACAGUUGUAGUGUCACCAUUACUGUCUCUCAUUCAAGACCAGAUAAUCACAUUAACUCAAAAGUUUGGAAUACCAGCAACCUUUUUGAAUUCUCAGCAAAGUUCUUCACAAUCGGCUGCUGUAUUGCAAGAAUUAAGGAAAGAUAAACCCUCAUGUAAACUCCUGUAUGUAACUCCUGAGAGGAUAGCAGGAAACUUAACAUUUCAAGAGGUGCUAAGUUCUCUCCAUAGAAAGGGGCAAUUAGCUGGGUUUGUUGUUGAUGAAGCCCAUUGUGUAAGCCAAUGGGGACAUGAUUUCCGGCCAGAUUAUAGAGUUUUAGGUUGCCUCAAGCGGAACUUCCCAAGUGUUCCAGUGAUGGCAUUAACUGCUACAGCAACCCGCACAGUGCGUGAAGAUGUCUUGAGUGCCUUAAAUAUUCCCCAUGCUCUUGUCCUUGAGACAAGUUUUGAUAGAUCAAAUUUAAAAUAUGAGGUGAUUGCAAAGAGCAAGGAGCCACUCAAGCAGCUUGGAGAACUAUUGGUCAAUAGAUUCAAGAAUCUUUCUGGAAUUGUUUACUGUCUUUCAAAAAGCGAGUGUGUGGAUGUCUCAAAAUUUUUGAAUGACAAAUAUAAGAUUAAAACAACAUAUUAUCAUGCUGGAAUGUCAGCACGUCAGAGGGUUACAGCUCAAAGGAGGUGGCACUCUGGAGAAAUUGAUGUUGUGUGUGCCACUAUUGCUUUUGGGAUGGGAAUAGAUAAACCUGAUGUUCGGUUCGUUGUUCACAAUACAAUGUCCAAAUCAAUAGAAAGUUAUUAUCAGGAAGCAGGAAGGGCUGGGAGAGAUAACCUCCCUGCCACAUGUGUUGUUUUAUAUCAGAAGAAGGAUUUCAGUCGAGUGGUGUGCAUGUUAAGAAGCGGACAAGGAUACAAAAAGCAAAGCUUGAAGUUGGCCAUGGAUCAAGCUCGGAAAAUGCAGAAGUACUGUGAACUAAAGGACGAAUGCCGUAGAUGUGCAUUGGUCGGACACUUUGGAGAGUUGAUUAACCGUAGUUCCUGCAGAAAUGGUCCCAGUCCUUGUGAUAACUGUCUCAAGUUUUCCUCUUGAAGUUUUAUGGAUUCCUGCCUUUGGGAAUAUUUGGCCAAGAAUGGAGUUUUGCCAGAAGAGUCAAGUUAUCCAAAUUUGGAGUGUGGUAACUUGCAUUGUUAAUUUUGUCACUUAAGCAUAAUGUUCCUCCUGCUUAUUCUCUGACUGGAUUCAUGCGGUUUUUAAAGAUAUUUUUUUAAAUAAUAAUAAUCGCAGUUUUAUCA